UCCAGCACAUCAGGUUACAAUCGAUCGUCCAUUGUUGAUGUCCUUGCCUCCAUCGUCCUGCUAUAUAAUAUGGCCUCCAUACCGGAGAGCCCUGGCCCUUUUGCUUUCCAAACCCCAAGUCUCUGCCUUAAUCCAUCAAAUCUACCCUCGCAAUGGCCUUCAACAAGAAGUCGGUUUCCUCCGCAGGCAUGCUGGCCCUGUCUGCCAUGCAGUUUGCACCCAGCGUCCUCGCUGAUGCUAAGACCUGCCCCAACGACUCCCCUCUCAGCUGCUCGGGCUCCCAGGAGGCCUCCUGCUGCUUCAACAGCCCCGGCGGAGCUCUCCUCCUGACCCAGUUCUGGGACUACGAUCCUUCCACUGGCCCCAGCGACUCGUGGACCCUCCACGGUCUUUGGCCUGACAACUGCGAUGGCACGUACGAGGCAAACUGCGACGAGUCGCGCGAGUACUCCAACAUCUCAGCCAUCGUCGAGGAGUCGGGCAGCUCUGAGCUCCUCGCCGACAUGAACAAGUACUGGAAGGACUAUCAGGGCGAUGACGAGUCGUUCUGGGAGCACGAGUGGGGCAAGCACGGAACCUGCAUCAACACCAUCGAGCCAGACUGCUACGAUGACUACACCCCACAGGAGGAGGUCGUCGAUUACUUCCAGAAGGCCGUUGACCUGUUCAAGAAGCUCGACAGCUACAAGGCCCUCGCCGACGCCGGAAUCACCCCCUCCGAGUCAAAGACUUACACCCUAGACGCCAUCCACAAAGCCCUCGGCAACGUCCACGACGGCUACGCCCCCUACGUCUCCUGCGACGGUGACAACCUGAACGAGCUCUGGUACUUCUACUACGUCCGCGGCAACCUGAUUUCCGGGUCCUUUGAGCCUGCUGAGAAGCUCACCGACUCCAAGUGCCCCGACUCCGGUAUCAAGUAUGUGCCUAAGGAGGGCGCUAAAGCCACUGGCUCUUCUACCGCUACCCCGUCUGGAACUCCUACCGGGUCUCCUACUGGGUCUCCUACCGGGUCUCCCACUGGAUCUCCCACUGGAUCCCCCACUGGAUCCCCCACUGGAGCACCAGCCACGAUGACCAUCUUUGGUCACUAGAUGCCUAGAUGGGGUAGGCUCAAGGAUGGUUACGAGCGAGGCUUUGAUGUUUGUAGACUGUUUAACGUGUGCGGAAGUCGGGGCUACACCCCGUUAUUCAGAGUUUGUUUCUAUGUACAUCCGUUACUAUAGACAAUAGUAAAUAUGUCCAGUUGCUGGCACAAUUCAUGGCCCUUUGCCAUAUGACCAACCAGACUAGCUCAUCUGGUUGUGGUGCUGUAUGCUCUCCAGUUAGGUA